UGUGGGGCUCCGCGAGCACGGCAGACCUACUUUAUACAUUUUUGGGUUUUGGACGCGGAGAGCAUUUUUCGAGAAUUCUUUUUUUUAUUUCAAAAUUUUAUCUGCGAUGCACCAUAACUAUUUACUAUGAAAUCUAUAAAAGUUUCAUUUUCAAUUUUAAUUAUUUUACUAUUUUCUACCACUAUUUCCCCUACUAUUGCAAAUUCCGCACCUCCGGACCAUCAAGAUGUGGAUCAUAUUGAGGAUAUUGAGGUCGAGGAGACCCAGGUUAUCAUCACCACAACUAAACAGGGGCCAGCGGAGCAUCUAAAAAUCCACAUUGAGCUUGUUGACAUUGAGGCGAAUAAGCGAGUGAAUCCAGUGGAUUUGAGUGGGCUUUGGCUUACGAUCACUAGAGGCCGCUACACAAUCCCAUUCCUCCGACCCGACACUUGGUACGGGGUCCGGUUUCGCAGCGAAAACACUAUUAAUGGUCAUACCGUGGUCCAUGAGGACGAGAGAUUGGUCAAAACUAGGCCACGGCCUGAAGCGGCCCAUAAUCUUGCUGAAAGCCUGUUAGGCCCGCCUAUGGUCCUGCCAACCUUAGUCGGGCUUCCAGCAUUCCCACCGACGAUUGGGGUAGGAGUGUAUCCUACGCAUGGCCCGAAUGGCCUAAAUGCCCUGAACGGUCCAAAUGGCCUAAGUGGCCCCAAUAGCCAGGUGCCUCACGACCAAAAUCACAUGAAUGGGCAGAUUGGGUCUCCUUUUGGGUUCCAUGGCCCAAAUAGUCCAAACGGUCCAAAUGGCCUAAACGGUCUAAAUGACCCAAAUGGUUCAAACAGCCCAAAUCGUCAGUUACCUCAUGAACAAAGCGACGCAAAUGGACAAGCCCAGUCACAUGGUCCCUUCGGUUUUCAUGGCCUACAGGGUCCAAUUAGCCAAAAUGUUCAGGCUGGUACACAUGCCUCAAAUGAACAUGGCCUGAAUAGCCCAAACGGCCCAAACAACCCAAAUGACCACCAGGCCCCCGACGCCAACGCAAUAGACGUGAAAAUGCACCGGAGCCUCGACGGAGUUGAGAAUUUUGAGAGCAUCUACAUAACCGCUGGCUGGAAGGACACUGAAAUGGAUCGGAGGUCAAAUUUGACCACUGGUGUUGUCAAAUUACGUGUCAUUUGUGAUCAUUCUGAGACGAAAGAGGAGAUUAAGCUUAAGGGGGACGAAGAUUCUGUUACGAUUGAGAUUACGAUGGAUCAAAAAUACGAUAUUGAAGAGAUGGAAAAACAUCAUAUUAAGGCUCACAUAACGCCAUUGAAAUGUCAUAAAAUCUGUUGGACCACGGACCUGGUGCUCUCCUCAGGCUUUGGCGACUUCACCAAGCACCUGGGCUCCGAGUGCAAAGAGAUUUCCGGCACAACAAGCACCACAUUCCUCAGAAACAUAAAAAAAGUAUCGGUUAUCGAAAAUCAGCUCUCGGAAAAUGAGCUUGUCGUGGAGACAGAGGUUCCCGAGUCGGAGUAUGGAAUUGUGACUUUGAUUUUGCAAAAACUGGGCGGAAAUGAUACGGAGGAGCCUGUUAAGAAAACCUUCGACACUGCGACUUCGAAUGGUCGGUUUGUAGUCCCGGUGGAGGACGACGCAAUUUACGCUGUGAUCUACGAAUAUUUGAAGAAAAAACCAUUCCAUUACACGUCAAAAGCCCACUUUUUGGUCGAAUCUCCAGCGAUUAACUCUACAAAACCAUCACAUCCACUGGUGGAUGUUUCCGUGAUUCCAACGAGUUUUGAUUAUAAACAUGACAAAAAGGAAAGCGUUUUGAAACCAGAGCCACCAUUUCUACUAAUCUCCCGGAGCCCAAUGUAUGCUCACAACGAUUUAUUAGUAAAAAUAGAGCCAUUUUGCAACGAAACCGAAGUGAAAUUCCGUCUCGAGGACCGCUAUCCUCAGCAUCAGGUUGACGCGGUGCCAUUUCUGUGCGCCUUGAAUCCGAAAAUGUAUUUUUGUGAUAGAAAUGUCACGAGUUGGCAUAAAUGUGAUAGUACUCUGUGCUUUUCGACUUCUGUGCUCAUCGGGUUGGACUCUUUUGAGGCUGAUACCCGCUGCCUAAACGUGACCCAGCACUUUCCACCACUCAUCUCCACUUCCUACCGCCCGUCUCUCUUCGUCUGCGUCUCUCUGCUCGCCGUGCUCUCUCGCCACCUUCUCUAUUAUGCAACAAUUUUCUGAUCGGUUCUUUGUCACUUUUUCUUCAUUUUUUUCAUGAUUUUGGCAUUUGUAUGAAAAUUUGUAUGAAUUUUCAAUAUUUGUA